CAAGAGGAACAACGAUCUCAUCUGAUGCAACCUACCUAGACCCGCGUGACAGUUCCUAGCACUGGGCGGCGGCGGCGACUGAGGAAGGGGCUUGGGCGCUGGGUUAGCGCGCGAGGUAGGGGCGGUGGAACCAUGGGGGACGCUCCGAGCCCUGAGGAAAAGCUGCAUCUUAUCACCCGGAACCUGCAGGGUAAGGAUGCUGGACUCUUCACCAGCACUGAGCAAGGUGGGGCAUCGGCAUUAAACCGGCUCUUCUGCUUCCACAACAGGAGGUUCUGGGGGAAGAAAAGCUGAAGGAGAUCCUGAAGGAACGGGAACUUAAGGUUUACUGGGGAACAGCAACCACAGGCAAGCCACAUGUGGCUUACUUUGUACCCAUGUCUAAGAUCGCGGACUUCCUGAAGGCAGGUUGUGAGGUAACAAUUCUGUUUGCGGACCUUCACGCAUACCUAGAUAAUAUGAAAGCCCCGUGGGAACUUCUGGAACUCCGAACCAGCUACUAUGAGAAUGUGAUCAAGGCAAUGCUGGAGAGCAUUGGUGUGCCCUUGGAGAAGCUCAAGUUCAUCAAAGGCACUGACUACCAGCUCAGCAAAGAGUACACACUAGAUGUGUACAGACUCUCCUCUGUGGUUACACAGCACGAUGCCAAGAAAGCUGGAGCUGAGGUGGUAAAGCAGGUGGAGCACCCUUUGCUGAGUGGUCUGCUGUACCCUGGACUGCAGGCCUUGGAUGAAGAGUAUUUGAAAGUAGAUGCUCAAUUUGGAGGCAUUGAUCAGAGAAAGAUUUUCACCUUUGCAGAGAAGUACCUCCCUACACUGGGCUACUCAAAACGGGUCCAUCUGAUGAAUCCUAUGGUCCCAGGAUUAACUGGCAGCAAAAUGAGCUCUUCAGAAGAGGAGUCCAAGAUUGAUCUCCUUGACCGGAAGGAGGAUGUGAAGAAAAAACUGAAAAAGGCCUUCUGCGAGCCAGGGAAUGUAGAGAACAAUGGAAUUCUGUCCUUCAUCAAGCAUGUCCUCUUUCCCCUCAAAUCUGAAUUUGUGAUCCUUCGAGAUGAGAAAUGGGGUGGAAACAAAACCUACACAGCCUACUUGGACCUGGAGAAGGACUUUGCUGAUGAGGUUGUCCACCCAGGAGACCUAAAGAAUUCCGUUGAAGUCGCCCUGAACAAGUUGCUGGAUCCUAUCCGGGAAAAGUUUAAUACCCCUGCACUGAAGAAACUCGCCAGUGCUGCCUACCCAGAUCCCUCAAAGCAGAAGCCGGUUGCCAAAGGCCCUGCCAAGAAUUCAGAACCAGAAGAGGUCAUCCCAUCCCGGCUGGAUAUCCGUGUGGGGAAAAUCAUCAGUGUGGAGAAGCAUCCAGAUGCAGACAGCCUGUAUGUGGAGAAGAUUGAUGUGGGAGAAGCUGAACCACGGACUGUGGUGAGCGGCCUGGUGCAGUUUAUGUCCAAGCUGGAACUGCAGGACAGGCUGGUGGUGGUGCUGUGCAACCUGAGACCCCAGAAGAUGAGAGGAGUUGAGUCCCAAGGCAUGCUUCUGUGUGCUUCUAUGGAAGGAGUAAGCCGCAAGGUUGAACCUCUGGACCCUCCUGCAGGCUCUGCUCCCGGAGAGCGAGUGUUUGUGAAGGGCUAUGAGAAGGGCCAACCAGACGAAGAGCUCAAGCCCAAGAAGAAAGUCUUUGAGAAAUUACAAGCUGACUUUAAAAUUUCUGAGGAGUACAUCGCACAGUGGAGGCAAACCAACUUCAUGACCAAGCUGGGGCACAUCUCCUGUAAAUCGCUGAAAGGGGGGAACAUUAGCUAGCCAGCCCGGCAGCUGCCUCCCUCCUUCUAUCGUCCCGAAUCAUCUGCUGUCUCCUCAGUUUGCUCCCUCCGUCACCCAUCUACCAGUCUCCUAGGACACUGAAGCGGCAGGUUUGGGACUCCUUAGGUGCAGAAAUCAUAAGGGGCAGCUCACCCUCCCCAGAAUCCAGGAUCAUCCUGUCUGGCUGCCUUCGAGGCUGACCUCCCAGGUAGUAAUAGGACGGGCAGCAGCAGGGAGUCCCAGCUCUACCUUCUUUCCUUGGCAGCUGACUGAGAAUCUGAUUCCAAUAUAACUCACAGUAAAUGCUUAUGCCACAGUCCCUUCUAAUUGGAAAAACACUGGUUCCCAGGUUUUCUGGGAGUUAUUCCAGCAGCUGUGCCUCUGGCUGGGAUCUGGUGCCUGGACUGGGCUAAUGACAGCUUCUCCCCAACAGGAAAUUGUGGGAUUUGAAAAGGAAAAGGAAGGGAAAGCAGAGAGCCUAGUGGUCUACCAAGCGCUUGGCAUCUUCCCCCAAUGCCAGCCAACCCUGAGGCUUGGCCCUGGGGGGCAGGGCCUGCCUCAGGGCUCCUGGAAUUUCCAUGGAUCUUAUUAGGUUGGAACACUCCCUAAACCAGCUGCGUGCUGUUCGCAUCAGGGGUGGAGUGGCUGGCACAGCAUGGUUCUCCAGAGGGUGGAGUACUCCAUAAGGCUUCUCAAUCAGAACUGUGUUACCAUGUCUAUAAUUAAUUCAAAUAAAAUGUCUGAACAAGG